AUGAGAGGCGAGCUGGAGGAGGAGAGGAGGAGGAGGGCAGAAGAUCUCAGACUGAGGAGGCUGGCGGAGGAGGAGGAGAAGAAGAAUCAGCAGGAGGAGAGGAAGCGAACGCAAGAAAGGAUGAGAGGGGAGCUGGAGGAGGAGAGGAGGAGGAGGGCAGAAGAUCUCAGGAUUCAUGAAGAUGUUGCCGCCUACAGACUGAGGAGGCUGGCGGAGGAGGAGGAGAGGAAGCGUGGCAAGGAGGAAGAGCAACAACAAGGCAGGCGGGAGGAAGCGGAGCGACAGAGGAUGAGGAGGCAGCAGGAGGAGCGCAGGCGGCAGAUGGAGCAAUUGCAGAAGAUGAGAGAGGAGGAGGAGGAGAAAAGGAAAGUCCUCACCUCAAACACAAUGGUCCCGGCGGAGGAGGAGCGCUCGCACCUGCAGGAGACGGACGGGAGCAGGAGAGCAGAGUGUCAGAGGAACGAGGAGCAGGAGCCCCAGAAGGACGAUGAAACGUGGAAGGCCAAAGAAGAGUCCAGGCUGGAGGAUGAGCUACUUGCCAGGGAGGUGGCGCUGUUGCAGCAGCAGAUGGCCUUCAAAAGGAGUGUGGCCGUAGAGGCUGAUAGAAUGCAACACAGCCAGGACAUCUCCAGGCCUUGGGUCUACUCCUACUUCACCUGGCUGCAGCUGAUGGACCUCGACCACGCCCAUACAGACACCUCCUGAUAUAGUAGCACUUGUUAUGACCUUUGAAUAAAAUCAUCACUGUUUGG